UCUUUCCUAGUCAAGCGAAAUACAAAAGAAAGACUUGCUGAGCGUGCAUCUUUGUUAUUACUACGAGGAAGCAAGUAGUUCCAAUCGCCAUAGUUACCCCAGCUGUCGCUACGCAUUCUCUGCAACAUCCUCUUCACUCCCUCAUCUCUCUAAAGCUAACAAUUACAUUAUAGUUCUGCACUUACUUCCCAUUCAAAGAAAAAAGAAGAAGGACCGCCAUAUUAAAUUAAUGGCGGACUGGGGGCCAGUAUUAAUAGGAGUGGUGCUGUUUCUGCUGCUAACGCCUGGACUUUUGUUUCAGAUACCUGGAAACAGCCGAACUCUGGAGUUUGGAAGCUUGAAGACUAACGGCAAAGCUAUAGCAGUUCACACUCUUAUCUUUUUCACUCUUUAUGCUAUUCUCAUCUUGGCUGUUCAUGUUCAUAUCUAUGCUGGUUGAUCUACCCGGUAUGUUUAUGCGAUGGUGAUAAGAUGGUAGAUCUAUGUUCUGUUCUGCUCUCUCUCUCUCUCUGCUUUUUCUUUUCUUUUUCUAUUAUAGAAAUAUCAAUCUUGGAUUAAAAGGAGAUGGGCUCUUUUGUCGUAGUUAGUUGAUUAUGGUUUUAUGUUGUGAGCUGCUAAUUCCAUUCAAUUAAUUAUACAUAUGAAUGUGAAAUAUAAGAGCAUAGAUCUUUGAUUUGAGAAUAGAAACUUUCAGGUUGUGUGGCUCUUGGAUUUGAACAAGAUCAAGAUUCAUUUUUGAA